AUGGGCAUGGACCCGGGCGUCAUGGCCGGUGGCGCGCAGCCCGGGCCAGGAGGCGGCGGCUUGAGAUUGGGGCUGAGCAUGGCUGCCGUGAUUUACCUGUGCAACAACUGGACCAUUGCCGUCGCGCUCCGGGCGCUGCUGAUGAAGCUGCUGGCGCCGCUCCUGAAAGCCCUCGGUUCGAGGAGGCAGGCCGCGGCGCAGCAGGCGCAGGCCGCGGCGAAGAAGCAGGCCCUGGCGGCGCGCAAGGCGCGGCUCAAAGCCGCCGCCGCGCGGAAAACCCAGGCUGCCAAGGAUGACGAAGAGGAAUGA